GAGGAAGAAGACGCACCAGCUGCGACCAAAAAAAAAAAAAAAAAAGCCCAGCCGUUGUGGUUUUUAUACUCCGUUUUCUUUUUCUUCUCUUUUCCCCCUCCGAAGACACGCUGACGGAAACCAGCGUUCACAAACUCGUUGGUUCUUUGUUGUUAGCUGUUGUUCGCACCGACCUAGCUUUGUCCUUCGCAUACACAGUUGGCUGUGGGUUGCUGAAAUCUAUUAAUAUUGUUCGUUGUGGAAUAUGGCUCAGCAUGUGCACCAUGUAGCCAGUUCACAAAAAGCACUAAUGCUGGAGAUGAAGAGCCUCCAAGAUGAGCCGGUGGAGGGAUUCAAGAUAACUUUAGUGGACGAGUCGGACAUGUAUAACUGGGAAGUGGCGAUAUUCGGACCCCCAAACACUCACUACCAGGGUGGUUAUUUUAAGGCUCGAAUCAAGUUCCCGGUUGAUUAUCCGUACUCUCCACCUGCGUUCCGCUUCCUCACCAAAAUGUGGCAUCCCAACAUCUAUGAGAACGGAGACGUCUGCAUCUCUAUCCUACAUCCACCAGUGGACGACCCACAGAGUGGAGAGCUCCCUUCAGAGCGGUGGAACCCUACACAGAAUGUCAGGACCAUCCUGCUCAGCGUUAUCUCUCUGCUAAACGAACCAAACACAUUUUCCCCGGCCAACGUGGACGCAUCAGUAAUGUACCGCAAGUGGAGGGACAGCAAAGGAAAGGACAGAGAAUACAUCGAGAUCAUAAGGAAACAGGUGCUGUCUACAAAAGCUGACGCAGAGCGAGACGGCGUCAAAGUUCCCACCACGUUGGACGAAUACUGCGUCCGCACACAAGUUCCUCCCACAGACGACGGCUCCAACCUCCUCUAUGACGACUACUACGAUGACGAGGAGCUGGAUGAAGAUGAGGAGGAGGACGAGGAAGACUGUUGCUAUGACGAGGAUGACUCUGGCACCGAGGACUCCUGACCGUGCCACGCUGUGACAUCACCCCCCCUCCCUCCCCUGACCAAAUCUUGUUCUCACCCACUCGCAUUCAAAGUCUCCCUAUUGUGUCACAGACUGAACUUUGACCCCUCCCUCCUCCUGCUAAAGGACACUCUUGGCACAGUCUGUCCAGCGUCUGUUACGUGCAAUCACACUAAAGCCUGGGUCAUUGAAAACACAGCAGCUGAAUUGCUUUUGGUCUUUUCCUGUUUUUUUGUUUUUUUUUUGUUCUCCGAGUAUAGGUUACACACGAUCCACACAGAAACUGCACUGAUGCGUGUCAAAAUGUCCAAAUAAAGGUCUUUGAAGCCCUAAGACCUAUUUCCUCCACAGAUGUCAAGGGAAAUGAAGCUUUCUCAUGGCUGUUUCUCUCUUUUGCAACAGAUCAGCUCACUGUAAAACAGGAACGCCUCAUCAAAGCAAGACCACUUAAACACAUAGGCAAACUUUUCUGUGUGACCUUCAGUUGGCAGAAGGUUCACCUGACACACCGUCACCCACGACUUUCAGAGCCACAGGGCUUGGGCUGUGCAGAACAGGAAAAUUAUCAAUUUCUGAAAGCUACUCGCACUUCCUUGUGCCUUCCUUUAAUCCCAGAUCUAAGUGAUCAGCCCAAGCAAGCCUCUAUCAGAAGAGUGAUAUUCAAGCUCUGACGCUAGAGUUAAAACUUCUGCUGGAUAACCUCUCUGCUUAUUUAUAGAAGCACCUGUUAAAUUUAUCCAGGGUGUAAGGUAAGAUCCAACAGCUGAACUCACCAGUCAAAUGUAGAUCAUGCAACCAGUGUGCUGUUUCAAAUCGAAGGGAAUCUAUGCAGUCAGAGCUUGAGUUUCUGUUACUUGCAGUGCUUUAAAUAUGGCAGUAAAGCAGCAGUUAGACCAAACUCCAGCUAGAGAGGAGCUGAGGGGGUAUUUAGAGGGGCUCUUUCAGCUGGAUCCGUCUUUUUGUCCGUAUUGGUUAGUCAUUCCCACUCAGAGAUGUACACAUCAUGGUGUUGCACUGCAGCCUUUUGCUGUGCUUGCCUCCUACUGGUGGCUGUGUGCAAUGCAGCAUCAUUAUUACGUUGUCUUGUUUUUCUUAUCCUAACAUGCUGCACUGGAUUGCAGCCAUCUUGACUCACCUGAAUCAAUGAGCUCAGUUGCUUUGAGCAGAGAUCUAGUAGCCGUGUGAGGGGAAUUAGAAGGAAAUAAUGGUGGGUUGAAUAUCCAGACUGAUAGGUUUACUUUCCGUCUCCUUUACAACAACGAGGACUGGACAACGUACACUUAACCACCACUGACCCCAGCAGUGUUUCCAGUGAAAAUCUCAACUUUAACUUUCCGCUUUGUGAAUAGCCGCUGAUGGUUUUAAAGAUGUGCUGAAAAAUGUGACAAGGAAGUUCAGAAUGGGAUUUUAUCCCAGCAUGGGCAGAACACUGUGGUUCUUCACUAGCAUGCUGAUAGGUGUUUGGUUUUAGACAUGUUGUAACGCUUGGGAAUGUGUGCAAAGGUAAAAAGGUCCUCAAAUUUGAUUUCAUCAAAGUCAUAUUAUGAAUGGGGUGGAGGUUGAUUUGCUUUGUUUUUCCAUAAUCUUUGAUAUGAGCUGCAAAGAUUUCCGAAGUGUUUGAUUUUUGACUUGAUAUUUGUUUUUAUAACCCAAGUUUUUUGCAGGCAGUAUGAAGCAGUAAAUGUUGAAGCAAAAACCCAAUUAUGUAAAAACCAAAAUGUUGUCUCAAUCCAACCAGACAGAGCACACAUAUUUUAAGAACCUUUAAGCUAUCUAUACUGGAUCAUUGAGUCCUGUUUUAUGAUUUCUAAUGGUCCCCAGCCCUACAUCAUAUUGUCUUUGGAUAAUGGGGUUUAUUUUGUUUUUAUUUGUUGGACUACUGUUAAUUUUUUAUGUUGACUUUCCUUCCCCACUUGCCCCUCCCCCCCUUGAGUUUUCUGAUCUCUGAUUGGUUAAAACACCAAUAAGGGAAAACCCAGCAGUUGAGAUAAAAAAAAAAAAAAAACAACUCAG